CCUAAGCCUGUCACUCUGUGCAAAGCCAGCAGCACCAUGUCAGAAAUAGUUUGGCAGCCCACGGGAGGAGGAACCGAGCUCUCAAGACAGCAACUAGAGCAGCCCAUAGUAAUGUGGGCUAGGCUGACUCCACAAUGGGCUUCAAAUUGGCAGUUACAUUUAGGCAGUUAGGCCUAAAUCUCUGUCUCCAAGAACUGGGCAACUCCAGGCAAAUCCAGGCCUCAGAAGCUGCCCCUGCCACCUGGCCUAAGGCAAGGACAAAUGGGUCAGCAGCAGUUGCCAGACCUCCCCAGCAAGUUUCCAGCCUCCACACCCAGAAUCUCCUGUAAAGUGCAGAUCGAAAGUGAGACAGUCUGCUGUCCACCACCCUGCAACCAUGAGCAAUAAUGCAACAGACCUCACCACCGGCUACCUCUCUUCUGCUGCAGCAAUCCUCCUGUUUGGCUCCAACUUUGUACCACUUAAAAAAUAUGACACUGGCGAUGGGAUGUUCCUUCAGUGGGUGCUCUGUGCUGCCAUUUGGUUGGUCGCCUUGGUGGUCAACUUGAUACUACACUGCCCUAAAUUCUGGCCCUUUGCAAUGCUUGGAGGCUGCAUUUGGGCAACAGGGAACAUGGCUGUCGUUCCAAUUAUCAAAACCAUCGGUUUAGGUCUUGGAAUCUUAAUCUGGGGAUCAUUUAACACCUUAACUGGCUGGGCAAGCUCAAGGUUUGGCUGGUUUGGGAUGGAUGCAGAAGAAGUAUCCAAGCCAAUGCUGAAUUACUUUGGAGCUGGGCUGUCAGUCUUAAGUGCUCUCACGUUUUUGUUCAUCAAAAGCGAAAUUACAAAUAACCCAGUCAGCUCUGACACCACACCACUGAUGACAGAGCCUGUGAUCAACAGAACUGAAGACCCGUGUGUGGAUUCCUCCUGGGUGGAUAGACUUUCUACCACGUACCACCGCAUUGUGGGCUGCAGCCUUGCCGUAAUAUCUGGAAUACUCUAUGGGUCUACAUUUGUGCCAAUCAUUUACAUCAAGGAUCACAGCAGAAGAAACGACAGCGUAUACGCAGGCGCUAGCCAGUAUGAUUUAGACUACGUUUUUGCACACUCCAGCGGCAUCUUUCUUACAAGUACAGUCUACUUUGUGGCCUACUGUGUAGCCAUGAAAAAUAGGCCAAAGCUGUAUCCUGAGGCAGUUUUACCAGGCUUCCUGUCAGGGGUGCUGUGGGCCAUCGCCACCUGCUGCUGGUUCAUAGCCAACCACUCACUAAGCGCUGUGAUCAGCUUCCCGAUCAUCACUGCUGGUCCUGGACUUAUUGCUGCACUUUGGGGGAUCUUCAUCUUCAAGGAAAUACAGGGUCUCCGAAACUACUUACUGAUGAUGCUUGCUUUCUGCAUCAUCUUGAGUGGGGCCUUGUGCACCGCUUUUUCUAAAAUGUAGCUAUUCACAGAAGAGCAGCAGAUGGCAGCAGCGGCUAGGAGAAGGCCUUGGCUGCACGAGCUAAUACUGUGGACAGCUAAGCUGUAGAACAAUGGAUCUCUGCCACUCUGGGAAUGAAGGGAUAAAUGACUGUUUACUCCUCAAAUGUGAGAACGAAGAGAGACCGUGUGUCAGUUCAGCAUGCAUGAAAACUCCUUCUGAUGAGCUGUGAAUGAAGGCAGGACCUCGAUGGAUGGCUCAAAGGCAGGCUGGAUCCUCCUGUCUGCCAGUGCUGGCUUCAUCAGUGUCUACUUAAUAUUAUAAUCCAUAAAAUAGGAUGGAGUUUUUAGAGGAAAUUAUCAUCCCAAUUUAUAAUUUAUUAAUAAAGAGGAACAAAGAUAAAUACUUACCUGGUUGAGGGAAGGAACACAGACGUACCUUGUGGAAUUUAAAUUCAAAGAUAUCAUCCUCGCCACUAGAAAAAGUAAAUGUCAUAGUUGCUACCUGAAUGUUUAAAAGGCCAGUUCGUUAUUUUUAGCCAAAAAAUUAUUACUUUAAUAGUACUCAACUCUUUACAUUGCCUGCCCUUCUUAGCUCAAAGUGUUUUGAUAAUUAUUCCAGAUAAAACUGAUCUUCAGAGAGCAAGUCACCACCACUCACAUGUAGGUGUGAUCCAUUCACAAGCACACAUGCGUGUGCGCAUGGUUCCACACUUGGACACAUUCUAGAUGUGCUAAAAUGUUUUAAUGUUGCUAAAAGUUUUAGUUCACCAGGUUCGACUUAAAGGAAGCCGAUUUGUUUGACUGCACAACUAUUUUUUUUUUCUCCUUAAACACAGUUCCUCAGAAGAUCAUUUUAACUGGAAGUGUUUGUUUUGAUCCUAUUUUAACCGAUGUCCAGGGAACAAAAGAAUGUUGCAAAUGUACUGAUUUGAUUCUUUAAGGAAAAACACCUGUAAGCAUGUUGCUCACGACCAUGCUAUCUAAUGGUGUUCGGCUAUGCCUUUCACCCAUUCCCUCCUGAUACUGCAGUCCUUUGCCGUGCCAGAGCAACCGACUAGCAUCUGUCCCUGCCUCGGCUUAAACCUGAGACGCUCCCCCUGAGAUACAUGGCUUCGGACCUGACUGAGCUCUCUGCACGCGGUGCUUCCUGGGGAUGUGUCUUGAAUUCUGUCGUCCAAAUGUCCAAGUGUCUGACAAACACUCUGAACCUGUUUGCUGUUCUUACUCCAUGUUAAACAAGGGGAAAGGAAAGUUAACAGAUAGGAAAAACUUGCAACUUAUAAAAACUACCGGACUUACCACCCUCAGCCCAGUUAGACUUUGUCUUGCCAAAUCAGAAACCUCACUGGAGACCCUUGUAGUCCCUGAGUCGCUCACACAAAUAAUAUUUGAUAGUAAUAAUGUCUUUUAUCUGUUUCAGUUUUUACUUGAAAUGUCAUUAAAUUGUGAUGAUAUGAUAACUUCUGAAUAAAUUUAUAGCAGAAAA